AUGACAGACCAACAGGAACAGCAAGCCUCUGUGCCUCCCAAAGGCGUCCGUCGUCCAGCUCCUAGUCCGAAAUGGAUAGCCACCGACCUCUACACACUCUCCCAUCUCGACCCCUCAACCGCACACAAUAGUGACAUCCUCAAAAGUACUCUCUCCAACGCCUCGAACCAGGAUCUGCCUGCCAUAUACUCCUCUCGCGCCUUCGCAAAGUUCCUCGCCUUACAGGCCAGGGCCACCGACGCAAAGCACUGCCUCGAAGUGGGUACUCUGGGCGCUUAUGCCAGUAUCUGGCUCGCAACUGAGAAUCCCAACCUCAAGAUCACCACUUUGGAGUAUAACUCUCAUCAUGUGCAAGUUGCGAAAGAGAACAUCAGCAAUGCUGAUCUUGGCGAUCGAAUCACUGUUCACGAGGGACCUGCCAUGGAGACACUUCCCACCAUACUCUCUGACAUUGAUGCUGGAAAGCUGCCUAAAUUCGACAUGGCAUAUGUGGAUGCAGACAAAACAAACAAUUGGAACUACUUUGAUGCCGCAGUCAAGGGAUGCAGAAAAGGGGCUGUCGUUAUCGUGGACAAUGUUGUCCAGGGCGGUUUGAUCGCCAGUCAAGACAAGCCCCUUGACAAGCCAGGGCACGUUGAGGGUGCUAGAGAAGUCAUUGAGAAUACAGGCAAGGAUGGAAGAGUCAGUGCUACCGUGAUCCAGACUGUGGGAGAGGGCAGUCAUGACGGCUUCCUCUUUGCUGUUGUUUUGUGA